CGACUUCAAAAACAGAUUUUCAAACAACCUUUGCAAUCUUGUCAAUAAUGGAGGUUUACACAUAUCCAUCUCAUUGUUUAACAUCACCUUCACAAAUUUCAUCAUUUUCUAUCAAGAAUUUGGUUACUAAAGUUAAAGAUUUUAUUAGCUAUGCUUUUUCCAUGGUUGUUGGAAAUGUUCUGUCUGGCAUUCUCACCUUCUUUUUUGCACUAGUAGGAACUUUAUUAGGAGCAAUGACAGGUGCUUUGAUAGGCCAAGAAACAGAAAGUGGUUUUGUUCGAGGGGCUGCAAUUGGAGCCAUAUCGGGUGCAGUUUUCUCGAUUGAAGUUUUUGAAUGUUCGCUUGUUUUGUGGAAAUCUGAUGAAUAUGGGAUUGGAUGUGUUCUAUACUUGAUUGAUGUCAUUGUAAGUUUGUUGAAUGGAAGGCUUGUACGUGAACAAAUGGGUCCGGCUAUGUUGAGUGCAGUUCAAAGUCAGAUGGGAGAUGUUGAAACGAGGUUUUAUGAGGUCCAUAACAUAUUUGACAUUGGGGGAUCUAAAGGCUUAACUGAAUAUUCAGUUGAAAGAAUACCUAAAAUCGCCAUUACCUGCGACAAUGGUGCUGAUGAAUCGGGAGAACGAUUUUCCUGCUCUGUCUGCCUGCAGGAUUUCCAACUUGGAGAAACCGUAAGGAGUUUGCCACAAUGUCAUCACAUGUUUCACCUACCUUGCAUUGAUGAAUGGCUAGUGAGACAUGGGUCUUGUCCAUUAUGUAGAAGAGAUCUUUAGGUGUUUCUUUUUUGAGUUUUGUAUAUUAGUUGAAAAAUCCCUUGUCUUUGAAGUUUGAAAACAAAGGUGAAAGGUUUGAUCCACUCCUUUCAAAAUAGCUAAAGGUCUUCUAA